AAGGGAACGGGGUCGGAGCCGUCGGGCCGAGGGAUCCAGGCCGGGAAGAGGUAGCCUCGGUCGGGUUAGGGACGCUCCUGCCACCACUGCGCAGAAGGACGCAGCCGGAGCUCAGGCGCUGCCCCUUGUGGGCUCCACUUUACACUUGGCGGGCGCCGGAGCCAGGCUCCGAGGACUGCUUCGGACGAGAGCCUCGCGGGCCCCUCCGAGCCGGCCAUGGUGAGGCGCCGGCGGCCCCGGGGCCCCACCCCCCGGGCCUGACCGAACUGCCUUAGGUCGCCCCCUUCAGAAGCCCGAGAUGCGGGGGGCCGGGAGGCGACGCUCCUGGCUCCCCAGAGAGGCGUGGGUCUGGGACUGAGGGCCAGGGCCCGGAUGCCCAAGUUCCGGGACUAGGGCCACAGGAGCCAGCGGGGGUGGGGGCCGGGGCACCCAAGGAAGGUCCCCCCAACGCCCAGACGCCAGCUCCCGGCCAUGGAGCCCUUGAAGAACCUCUUUCUCAAGAGUCCCCUGGGGUCUUGGAAUGGCAGCGGCAGUGGGGGCGGCGGGGGCGGUGGCGGGGGCCGGCCAGAGGGGUCGCCAAAGGCAGCGGCUUAUGCCAACCCUGUGUGGACAGCCCUGUUCGACUAUGAGCCCAACGGGCAGGAUGAGCUGGCCCUGCGGAAAGGCGACCGAGUAGAGGUGCUUUCCCGGGAUGCAGCCAUCUCUGGUGAUGAGGGCUGGUGGGCGGGCCAGGUGGGUGGCCAGGUGGGCAUCUUUCCAUCCAACUAUGUGUCUCGGGGUGGUGGCCCGCCCCCCUGUGAGGUAGCCAGCUUCCAGGAGUUACGGCUGGAGGAGGUGAUAGGCAUUGGGGGCUUUGGCAAGGUGUACCGUGGCAGUUGGCGGGGCGAGCUGGUGGCCGUAAAGGCAGCUCGCCAGGACCCUGAUGAGGACAUCAGUGUGACAGCUGAGAGCGUGCGCCAGGAGGCCCGGCUUUUUGCCAUGCUGGCGCACCCCAACAUCAUCGCUCUCAAGGCUGUGUGCCUGGAGGAGCCCAAUCUGUGCCUGGUGAUGGAGUAUGCUGCCGGAGGACCCCUCAGCCGUGCCCUUGCUGGGCGGCGCGUGCCACCCCAUGUGCUGGUCAACUGGGCUGUGCAGAUCACCCGUGGGAUGCACUACCUGCACUGCGAGGCCCUGGUGCCCGUCAUCCACCGCGAUCUCAAGUCCAACAACAUUCUGCUGCUGCAGCCCAUUGAAGGUGACGACAUGGAGCAUAGGACUCUGAAGAUCACCGACUUCGGCCUGGCCCGGGAGUGGCACAAAACCACACAAAUGAGCGCUGCAGGCACCUAUGCCUGGAUGGCUCCCGAGGUCAUCAAGGCCUCCACCUUCUCAAAGGGCAGCGAUGUCUGGAGCUUUGGGGUGCUGCUGUGGGAACUGCUGACUGGGGAGGUGCCCUACCGUGGCAUCGACUGCCUUGCCGUGGCCUAUGGUGUGGCGGUUAACAAGCUCACACUGCCCAUCCCAUCCACCUGCCCAGAGCCCUUCGCACAGCUCAUGGCCGACUGCUGGGCCCAGGACCCCCACCGGAGGCCCGACUUCGCCUCCAUCCUGCAGCAGCUGGAGGCACUGGAAGCGCAGGUCCUGCGGGAAAUGCCGCGGGACUCCUUCCAUUCUAUGCAGGAAGGCUGGAAGCGCGAGAUCCAGGGCCUCUUCGACGAGCUGCGAGCCAAGGAAAAGGAACUACUAAGCCGCGAGGAGGAGCUGACACGCGCGGCGCGCGAGCAGCGGUCACAGGCAGAACAGCUGCGGCGGCGCGAGCACCUGCUGGCGCAGUGGGAGCUAGAAGUGUUCGAGCGCGAGCUGACGCUGCUGCUGCAGCAGGUAGACCGCGACCGGCCGCACGUGCGCCGCCGCCGGGGCACCUUCAAGCGCAGCAAACUCCGAGCGCGCGACGGCGGCGAGCGUAUCAGCAUGCCGCUCGACUUCAAGCACCGCAUCACCGUGCAGGCGUCGCCCGGCCUUGACCGCAGGAGAAACGUCUUCGAGGUUGGGGCUGGGGACUCACCCACGUUCCCCCGGUUCCGGGCUAUCCAGUUGGAACCUGUAGAGCCUGGCCAGGCUUGGGGCCGCCAGUCACCCCGACGGCUGGAGGACUCAAGCAACGGAGAGCGGCGAGCAUACCGGGCCUGGGGCUCCAGCUCCCCCAAGCCUGGGGAAGCCCAGAAUGGGAGGAGAAGGUCCCGCAUGGACGAGGCCACGUGGUACCUGGAUUCAGAUGACUCAUCCCCCCUAGGAUCUCCUUCCACGCCCCCCAUGCUCAAUGGGAACCCCCCUCGCCCCAGCCUGGAGCCCGAGGAGCCACGGCGAGGCCCGGUGGAACGAAGCGGGGGCAGCAGCGGCUCCGGGACACCCAAGCUGAUCCAGCGCGCGCUACUGCGCGGCACCGCCCUGCUCGCCUCCCUGGGACUGGGCCGAGACCUGCAGCCACCGGGGGUCUCAGGCCGCGAGCGCGGGGAGCCCCUGCCAGCGUCCCCCCCACCCAUGCCCAUGCUGUCCCCCACCGAACCACCCUCCUCCCCACUCAUCCGCUUCCCGCCCAAGAUGCCCAGCAUGCCGGCCUCCCCACUGAGCCCCAAGGCCCCAGCCCCGCUGCUGUUGGACCUGGGCACCCCUGUGGGUCAGCCAUCUGCCAAGAGCCCCCGACGUGAGGAGCGUGGAUUCACCGUCUCACCCCCGCCGGGGAUAUCACGCUCCGCUCCGGGUACCCCGGGCACCCCACGCUCACCACCUCUGGGCCUCAUCAGCCGCCCACGGCCCUCACCUCUUCGCAGCCGCAUUGACCCAUGGAGCUUCGUGUCAGCUGGGCCACGGCCAUCGCCCCUGCCCUCACCACAGUCUGCCCCCCGCCGGGCACCCUGGACCUUGUUCCCAGACUCAGACCCCUUCUGGGACUCUCCACCUGCCAAUCCCUUCCGGGGAGGCCCCCAGGACUGCAGGGUGCAGACCAAAGACGUGGGUGCCCAGGCCCCUUGGGUGCCAGAGGCAAGACCAUGAAUGCACUGGGCCACUGUCACAUGCUCCAGCCACCAUGGAGGAGCCACAGCCUACACUGGAAUAGGAGCCAGGCAGUCUCAGGAGCUGCCUCAGUUUCCCCCAGGGACCCGCCCCCUCUGGGCAUUGGGAACACUACACUGCACAGGAAGCUCUCACACUGGAUGGGGGGCCAGCAGCCCCCUACACCUGCAACCUGUGGGUUCCUCUGACUUACCUGCCCCGUUGGGGCCCAACACUGUACCCAGCUGGUUGGGAGGACCAGAGCCUGUCUCAGGGAAUUGCCCGGGGGUGGUGCAGGGAGGAGGGGAGGUGCAGGGGAGAGUGUCCUCAGCUGUCACCAGCACUUUUGAACAAGUCCUAUUGUGGCCCCUGCCCCAGGGAUUAGUGCCUGGACCCUCCCUGUCCUGGGGGUGAUGUGGGGUCCGAGCUCUCUCGCCACCUUCCUGCUGCCCCUGCCAGGGCUGGGGCCUUGGCCUCGGGAUCCAAUGAAGCCAAAUAAACUUGUAAGCUGUC